GCGUCGUGACUAGAGCCAAAAUUUGAAAUAAAAUUUCCCGAACAUCCAAAUACUCUUCCCGGUGGCAUCCAUUAAAGCGAACUUCCAUUAUUCCGUAGUUGGGCAUUUCUUCUGUUAAACUGAUUAUUAAAGUUUCUUUUUCGUUUUUAGUAAAAUUAAAGUCUCUGUUUCGCAGUUGUAUUUUCUCUAGUGGUGUUUCCAUGGAGUAGGAGUUUUUUCGUUCUUGAUUAGCAGAGCCUAGAAAGAUUGACGAAGGGAAUAAUUUCAAUGUCUCCCAAGCUCUAUGACUACUGCUUGGCAACCCAGUUGAAUCAAUCCAUUAUUGGACCUGUUCCUCUAUUACUCUUUCCGUCUAAGGCACCCAAGGAUUUUUGCGUGGCUUUUCAUGGCUCUCCUUUGCUUGCUCAGAGAAAAUGGGAAUUGAGGUCUUCUUUUCGUUGCUUAAGAAAAUUCAAGGAUCAUCCUUCUGUGAAAGAACGCGAACUGGAGACUCGAAUUUCAGGUGAUGAUGCUAGCAAUGGUCAUGGAGGUGGGGAUGAUUUGGGAUGGUUGGCCGCUUUUCCUCAUGUUCUCACAGCCUCCAUGGCUAAUUUCCUGUUUGGAUAUCACAUAGGGGUCAUGAAUGGUCCAAUUAUAUUCAUUGCACGAGAGCUGGGAUUUGAAGGGAAGCCUCUUCUUGAGGGCCUUGUGGUGAGCAUAUUUAUUGCUGGUGCAUUUAUUGGAAGCAUAAUUUCUGGGGUAAUGAUCGACAAGCUUGGUUGUCGACGAGCACUUCAGAUUGAUACAGUGCCAUUGACUCUUGGGGCACUUCUGAGUGCACAAGCCCAUACCGUGGAUCAGAUGCUAUUGGGAAGAUUUUUGGUUGGUCUUGGCAUUGGAGUGAACACUGUUCUGGUUCCAAUAUACAUUUCAGAGGUCUCUCCAACAAAACAUAGAGGCUCCUUGGGUACUCUAUGUCAAAUUGGAACUUGCUUAGGAUUGAUUGCUUCACUUCUUCUUGGAAUUCCAUCUGACAAUGAUCCACAUUGGUGGAGAAUGUUGCUGUACAUUGCUUGUCUCCCAGGUUUUACUCUCAUAGUUGGAAUGCAAUUUGCUGUUGAGAGUCCCCGCUGGUUAUUUAAAGUUGGAAGAGUGAAUGAUGCAAAGACAAUUGUGUCCAAACUAUGGGGUGAAUCUCAAGUUGACAUUGCAAUUGAAGAAUUCAAAUCCGUUUUAAAAGUUGAUGGUACGAAUGAAGAAGCUAACUGGUCAGAACUCCUUAUAGAGCCCCAUAGCAAAGUUGCUGCCAUUGGAGGGAUGCUUUUUGCACUUCAACAAUUUGCAGGAAUUAAUGGAGUCCUCUACUUUUCGUCAUUGACAUUUCAUGAUGUUGGCAUUACGGAUGGUGCAUUAGCAAGUCUACUAGUUGGUCUCACGAACUUUGCAGGUGCUCUCUUUUCUCUUUACUUGAUGGAUAGGGAAGGGAGACAAAAGCUUCUUGUGGGUAGCUACUUGGGAAUGGCUGUGUCGAUGUUUCUUUUGGUUUAUGCCAUUGAAGGUCCAAUAAAUGAUCAGCUAACUCACAAUUUAUCUGUGUUGGGUACUCUUAUAUAUGUCUUCACAUUUUCUAUUGGAGCCGGACCAGUUACUGGUCUUAUCAUUCCAGAGCUUAGCAGCACCAGGACUCGUGCAAAAACAAUGGCAUUCAGUUUUGUUGUUCAUUGGGUAUGCAAUUUCAUAGUGGGGUUGUUAUUCCUUGACUUGGUGGAGAAAUUUGGAAUUGGUUCCAUCUAUGCAAGCUUUGGUGCUGUUUCCCUGUUGUCAGCCAUGUUUGCAAAAUAUUUUAUUAUCGAGACAAAAGGGCGAUCACUUGAGGAAAUAGAACUCUUUCUGAACCCAAACUCAUUACCCAAAGAUCAUUGAUUCUUUUAAAUCCUGGAGCCGCAUUAGAGGCUUGUUAUGGAACUAAGCCUUUGUAUAUAUUUUCAAUAUUCCUUAUUGCAAUUUUUGAGUAUCUUCAAGAAUAAUUGGUUCUUUGAAACUAUCGAAAAUUCAAUAAUUGAUGUC